CCCCGCUAUAUCAAGUCGCGUUGACCCUAUAAAUUUUAUCAUCCUAACUUUCGUAUUUGGGGAGGAGAAAACCAAAAACCAAAUUCUCCUCCUAAAUCACAUCAUUCAUUUCACCAAUACUGUUAUCAAUCCAAAUGGGGACCUACUUUUGGAUUUCCUUUUUCACAAUUCUCAUCCAAUUAAUGGCUACUGUAAAAUCCCAGCAGCUAAUCGAGUCCCAAUUGAAUACCCCUAGCUGUCCUGGACCCGACCCGACACUUAAUUACCGGCCGGUCAUCGGAAUUGUUAGUCAUCCCGGCGACGGCGCUUCGGGGCGGCUCAAUAACGGCACUGAUGUCUCCUACAUCGCAGCUUCUUACGUCAAGUUUGCUGAAAUGGCUGGUGCUAGAGUUAUUCCUCUUAUUUAUACUGAGCCUCCUGAAAUUCUCAAUCAA